AUGAAUGAAUAUCCACCCGCAGAUAUACCCAGCCAAACACGGGGUCUAAGAGAAGUAUACCAGUUCGACGGCCGCACAUUCCACCGCAGGAAAGGCACACAAGACUGGAUCGAGGACCAACCCGAAGCCGAAAGCACAUGCCCGCCUGCCGAAUUCCCUCAUCUCUAUCUGUACCUUGUCCAAGAAGAGCAAGGCCCCGGGGAGCCCAACCACUGGGCACUCUUUCUCGCCGAUAAAAACGAACCAGAUUACGGCUAUGUCCAUCAGGUAACAGGAGACGCGCAAUAUAUGACAUAUGAGCCUUCGGCCGAGAAAGUCAAUAUUUACGACGCAGCCAUAACCUCCAAUGUUUAUACUCUGGCGGUUGUAUCCAAAGAUCAGGCCAAGGCGGCUCAGUUGGUGAAACAGGUCGCAGGGCAAGAGCCUCCGCCUCGAGCGGAAGAUCGGAAAUCCGUUACGGAGAACUGUCAAAGGUGGACUAUGCGUGUGAUCGCCAAGCUGGUCCAGGGGGGAUUGUCAUGCCUUAGAAACUUGGAAUAG